GGUGUAUGAUCUAUCUAUCAUACACCUACCAUAAUGUUGUAUGGAAAAGUACAUGGCUUUUUCGAUCGAAGUAAAUUGUGAAGCUUUCGUGAUGGAUUCCAUAUUUUAAUAUUAAAUAAAACAAAUUUAAAAUUUUGAGAUGUCUCAAUCAGAGAAUGAAGACCUCGUUCCUCGAUGUGCACCAAAACCUUCACCAUCAGACUUAAUAGCAGCAGAAUUUAAUCCGUCUGUGCCUGAAAUAUCUAUGGUUUUUAGCCAAAUAGGAUCUCGGCAAUGUGUUUCUCAGCCAAAUGUGACUACUUAUUCAAUUUGGAAAAAUAAAUGCAUGCCCAAUGUUGGUCCAUCUGAGGGCCAGUCAUAUAAUAAUGAAAUAACAACUACAUCAAAGCGAUCCAAUGUCUACCCUUUGAGAACUGAAGCUGUUUUAGCUGGGCAGAUUGUUUCAAAUAAAACAGAGUAUUUAAAUAUAGCCGCAAAAAAUGCUGAAUCUACUGCAAUAGUAUCUUAUUCUUUAGAAUCUGAAAGUACCAAAUUUAGUCAAAGGGGCAUUUUGCCGAGUUCCUAUUGUAAACAUAGUGAAAUUGGUGGUCAACAGAAACAUGAACCUGUUUUAACAAAAUCUCUGCAAGAUGACGUUCUCACAAUUUGUGCGGGGACUCAGACAGAUAGUUUCUGUAAUGAUACUAACGAGCAUAUAAGCAAUCUUGCUACAAAAGAAGACAUAGUAAAACUUAAGUCUUUAAUUACGGGCAUGCAGCAAGAACAUCGCCGCUUACUACAAACUAUACAAGAUUUAUUACAAAAAAAGCUUUGUUUUGAUACAAACAAGACCAAGUUAAAAGAUGAAGGAACUCAAACUGAUGAAGAACUUGAAAUAAGAAAUGCAAUACCUAAACCAUCACAUAUCAAAUAUAACUUUACAGACGAGGACUUGAAAAAAGUGGAAGAUUAUGAUUAUACACACAAACAAAUUCCUCAAACAUAUUCAACUGCCAUGUGUAGACUUAUAAAGCCUGUAACGGAUCAAAGCAUGGUAAUGAAUGAACUUGAAGUAAAAUACCUUCCAAAUGAAAAAUUUAAUCAUAUGCUAGAAGAUGUUUUUAUUGGAACAAAAGCUCAAAACCAGUAUGAAUCGGUUUUGAAAAAUAAGGAGAAUUUGGACAGAAACCCAACUGACCUAUCAACGGCUUCUUACAAAUACCUAAAAAAAUAUCGACUUCUCCCUGAAGAUAAUAAUAAUGUUUCCAUAAUCAACAGUGUACCGAAGUUGAAUUCUGAAAAUAAACAAGAAAAUUUGUUGGACUUAGAUGUAAUUCGAUGUAAACCUAAAUUUAUGUAAAAAUUAAAAUAUAAAAUAAUUGAAAACA